GGCGCGGGGCUGCCCCGCUGAGCGGCGCCCGGGCCGCCCGACAUGGAGGCCGAGACGCUGGAGACGCGGAUCAACCGGGCCACGAACCCGCUCAACAGGGAGCUGGACUGGGCCGGCAUCGGCGCGUUCUGCGAGCAGCUCAACAAGGAGCUGGACGGUCCUCCGCUCGCCACCCGACUUCUUGCCCACAAGAUCCAGUCUCCGCAGGAAUGGGAAGCUAUCCAGGCCCUCACGGUGCUGGAGUCCUGCAUGAAGAGCUGUGGGAAGCGCUUCCACGACGAGGUGGGCAAGUUCCGCUUCCUCAACGAGCUCAUCAAGGUGGUGUCGCCCAAGUAUCUUGGUAGCCGAACACCCGAGAAAGUCAAGUCAAAGAUCUUGGAGCUCAUGUACAGCUGGACAUUAGGGCUGCCUCACGAAGUGAAGAUCUCAGAAGCCUACCAGAUGCUGAAGAAACAAGGAAUUGUGAAAUGUGACCCAAAACUGCCUGAUGAUGCUCCUUUCCCACCACCUCCUCCUCGGCCCAAGAACAUCAUCUUUGAUGACGAAGAGAAAUCCAAGAUAUUGGCUCGUCUUCUGAAAAGCUCCCAUCCCGAGGACCUCCGGGCUGCCAACAAGCUCAUCAAGGAGAUGGUUCAGGAGGACCAGAAGCGCAUGGAGAAGAUCUCCAAAAGGGUGAACGCCAUUGAGGAGGUGAACAAUAAUGUGAAGCUGCUGACAGAGAUGGUGACUAGCUACAGCAAGGGGGAGACAACAGAGAGCAAUGAGGACCUAAUGAAGGAGCUGUAUCAGCGCUGUGAACGCAUGAGGCCCAUGCUCUUCCGACUUGCAAGUGACACAGAAGACAAUGAUGAAGCACUAGCGGAGAUCCUGCAAGCCAAUGACAACCUGACACAGGUGAUCAAUCUCUAUAAGCAGCUGGUGCGAGGAGAAGAGAUCAACGGGGAGACUGUGGCUGGUCCCCUUCGGGGCAGUACCUCUGCCCUCCUGGAUCUGUCRGGUCUAGACCUCCCAGCAGCAGGCCCUUCCUACCCAGCCUUGCCCACCCUCUCAGGUGGCUCAGCAGUCCCUGUGCCUGACCCAGCUGCCUCUGUCUCCUUGCUGGAUGAUGAACUCAUGUCUUUAGGUCUGAAUGACCCGGCACCACCUCCUGCCCAGGCUGGUGACAGCAGUGGCUGGAACAGCUUCCAGUCGUCGGAUAGCAGCGAGUUUGGCAUCGCCCCUAUCCCGGCAACGCCUCCGGUCAAAGCAGACGCUGGCGCGUCCUCCCCGAAUCCUCCUCCUCCCUCCAGUGGCCUGGACGACCUAGACCUCCUGGGCAAGACUCUGCUGCAGCAGUCUCUGCCUCCAGAGUCGCAGCAAGUGCGGUGGGAGAAGCAGCAGCCACCUCCACGGCUCACCCUGAGGGAUUUACAGAACAAGAGCAGCUCUGGCACGACGGCCCAUGCUCCCAGUGCCCUUCCUGUGCUCCAGAGCGUUUCUCCCAAUCCAACACUACCCCUGUCCUCAGAGCUGCCUGCCCCUGCAGCGCUUCCAAAAGCUGCCACCGCGCCRACAGGAGGUGCCCCCAUCCCACCACGGCCUCCUGCCACUGCACUGCCCCAGGAGAUCUCGCUGGCCAGCAUCACUGUGCCUCUGGAGUCAAUCAAACCCAGCAGCAUCCUCCCUGUGACGGUGUAUGAUCAACACGGCUUCCGUGUCCUCUUCCACUUUGCUAAAGAUGCCCUGCCCGAGAGACCCGAUGUGCUUGUGGUGGUGAUUUCCAUGCUCAGCACAGCCCCACAGCCCAUCCGCAACAUUGUCUUUCAAUCUGCUGUCCCUAAGGUGAUGAAAGUGAAGCUGCAGCCUCCCUCGGGCACAGAGCUGCCAGCGUUCAACCCCAUUAUCCACCCCAGUGCCAUCACACAAGUUCUGCUGCUCGCUAACCCACAGAAGGAGAAAGUGAGGCUACGAUACAAGCUGACCUUCACCAUGGGAGAGCAAACCUACAACGAGAUGGGGGACGUGGACCAGUUCCCCCCACCGGAGUCCUGGGGGAACCUCUAGAGCUUUCCCUUGCAGGCCCUGCUCUGCAGAGCCCCUGGGCAGCCGGCCCCGCGAGGCUUCAGCACCCUGAGGAAGGGGAGGGUGGGAGGGGGUCGGCUGCUCAUGCUCUGUUCCCCAGGUGGCUGGGCAGGAGCCAGAGGGAGCGUCUCUGAAGGGGGAGAGCUGGGAGACAUUCAUCCAGUGUGAUUAGGAGCAGAGCCGAGAGCUUGCUGUGGGUGAACAGUUGCCUUCCCUGCUAUUCUGAAGGCUUCCCUUCCUCCCCAGUUCGUUCAGCUUCUCUUCUAUCCCUGCUUUCCUCCUUUAGGUGCAGUUGGGGAACAGGGAUGGGGAGCUUUAGCAGGCUCAGACUGGAGCAAAGCCUAGGAAAUGAAGACCCUUGUUCUUGUCUGUUGCCUCCACCCUUCCUCACCGUUCAGCCACUUCAUGCUCUGUGGUGCUCUCUCUCGUUAGCAAAUUCAGAGCUCAAAUGGGUUCCCUCCCAAUACCCCCACUCUUUGAAGCUGGGAACUAAUCUGCUGGGAUUCUCCCAGAGCUAUGAAAUGAGGCUGACCAGGGACUGGGCUGGAGUCAGUGUCUUUAACUGUCUGUGCUUGGGUUGGGAAGGGGGAGUUGUUUUCCCAUAUCCCCCUCCUCAAGCUGGAGACAGGGCUCUUGGACUGGGAGAGAGCUCUGGGGUUGGGAACCUGUUGAGUUCAGUGCUGGAAAGAGUUUGCUCCUGUCUGCGUCAUCUCUGUAGCUCCUUGGCUCCAGGCACUAAACCCAGCUGGGAGGAAUCGCACCUUUCCCUUAAGCUUUAGCUACUCCAGCAACUGUCUGGGAUUGCUCUUGUACCCAUACCAGUUGGUCCUGCGUGCCAGCCCUGAAAGGGGCAUGUUUCAAAGGGGCCUUCUCUGUGGGCUUAAGUCUUCCCACAGCCUCUGACU